UUGAUGACGUUUGGGCUCGCGGCCCCAGCCUCCCACCUCUCAGGGCACUGCCGGUCUGUGCCAGCUACUCCCGCGGUUAGGUCCCGCCCCGCGCAGCGCGCGCAGCCUGCGGAUCCAGCGGCCGUGACGCGACAACGAUUCGGCUGUGACGCGACAACGAUUCGGCUGUGACGCGAGCGCGGCCGCUCCCGAUGCGCUCGUGCCGCCCCCGCCGUGCUCCUCGGCAGCCGUUGCUCGGCCGGUUUUGGUAGGCCCGGGCCGCCGCCAGGCCUCCGCCGGAGCCCGCACCCGCCAUGGACAACUACGCAGAUCUUUCGGAUACCGAGCUGACCACCUUGCUGCGCCGGUACAACAUCCCGCACGGGCCUGUAGUAGGAUCAACUCGUAGGCUUUACGAGAAGAAGAUCUUCGAGUACGAGACGCAGAGGCGGCGGCUCUCGCCCCCCAGCUCGUCCGCCGCCUCCUCUUAUAGCUUCUCUGACUUGAAUUCGACUAGAGGGGAUACAGAUAUGUAUGAUCUUCCCAAGAAAGAGGACGCUUUACUCUACCAGAGCAAGGGCUACAAUGACGACUACUAUGAAGAGAGCUACUUCACUACCAGGACUUAUGGGGAGCCCGAGUCUGCGGGCCCGUCCAGGGCCGUCCGCCAGUCAGUGACUUCGUUCCCAGAUGCUGACGCUUUCCACCACCAGGUGCGUGAUGACGAUCUUUUGUCUUCUUCUGAAGAGGAGUGCAAGGAUAGGGAACGCCCGAUGUACGGCCGUGACAGUGCCUACCAAAGCAUCACGCACUACCGCCCUGUUUCAGCCUCCAGGAGCUCCCUGGACCUGUCCUAUUAUCCUGCUUCCUCCUCCACCUCUUUUAUGUCCUCCUCAUCACCUUCCUCUUCAUGGCUCACCCGCCGUGCCAUCCGGCCUGAAAACCAUGCUCCUGGGGCUGGGCUGGGCCAGGAUCGCCAGGUCCCGCUCUGGGGCCAGCUGCUGCUUUUCCUGGUCUUUGUGAUCGUCCUCUUCUUCAUUUACCACUUCAUGCAGGCUGAAGAAGGCAACCCCUUCUAGAGGGAGCCGUGAGGGUCUGGGCUUCAGAGCCAGGUCUUUUGGGGAAGUCCUGGCUGACUGCCUUAGCAGUGGGGGUGGGGGUGGGGGUGGGAUGGGGUGGGGGAAGGCGCAGGGGCUUUUAUGUGUUUUUGCCUGGGGGGCGCUGGGCCUAGCCCAGAGUAGUGCUUGCUCCCCCUGCCUUGUCCCACCAGGGAGGCAGCAGACUCAGGCCCUCCAUGGUCCUCUUUGUCAUCUUGUUAACAUGCAUUCCUCCUUUUGUCAUCUUGUUGGGGGGGAUUAACCAAAGGCCACCCUGACUUUGUUUUCGUGGACACACAAUAAAAGCCCCGUUUAUUUGUAA